GCACUCUGCAGCAGAGCCAGGCUGGUCACCUUCCUCCCCGGGUUCUGUUCCCUCAUGAGGAGGGUGAGGGGAACCCGUACUUUUUUCUACUGCAGGAUCCUCAGGCUCUGAUGAACCUUAUGUAGCUGCUACACCACCUGACUUGCUUCCCAGAACAGUGUGGCCAGAUGAGGUUAUGGGGCCUUUUGGUCCACAGGAUCAGCGCUUUCAACUCCCUGGCAAUGUUGGAUUUGAUGCUCAUGUAAAUGGAAUGAACACAGAGAGCAAAGUCCAAGUUCCAAGAAACUUACCUGACCUCCUAUCUGAGCCAGCUGCUAGUGAGAGACACGAGUUUGUCAUGGCGCAGUUUGUCAAUGAAUUCCAGGGAAGUGAUGUUUCUCUGCAGCAGCAAGAAGUAUGCAGUGCGGGAUCAUACUUUGAGAAUGCAAAAGUAGAGUGUGCCAUGCAGAGAUGUCCAGAACUGCUGAGAAAAGAUGUUGUAUCCAUGUUUCCUGAGAUCCCUGAUAACCACGUACUAGUACUAACUGUGACACAGAAAACUAUGAAUGAUAUGACCAUGUGGAGCGAAGAGGUGGAGAGCGAGAGAGAAGUGCUGCUGGAGAAGUUCAUUAAUGGUGCUAAAGAAAUAUGCUAUGCCCUCAGGUCAGAAGGCUACUGGGCUGACUUCAUAGACCCAUCUUCAGGACUGGCAUUUUUUGGUCCAUACACAAAUAACACUCUUUAUGAAACGGAUGAACGCUAUCGGCACCUUGGAUUCCGGGUGGAGGAUCUCGGCUGCUGUAAAGUCAUUCGCCAUAAUGUCUGGGGAACGCACGUUGUAGUAGGAAGUAUUUUCACUAAUGCACCUCAGGACAGUGCCAUCAUGAGGAAGUUGGGAGAACACUAG